AUGAAUGUCAUUAAUUUCAAAUCUUUGUCUAAUCUUAGUAUUUGGGUAGAUCCGUUACCAAUUAUCUUAUCAAACUUAAUGAUAUCCAUAUUACAAGAAAACGAUGAUAUUGAAAUACAAUUUAUCGAUUCAAAUAAUUCAUUUCCAAUAAAUCAAUUCCAAAAAAUAAUUCAAAAUAAAGAUAUAGAUAGUAGGAUUUACGAGAGAGUACGGAUCAGUACGUGUCUAGAUCUAAACGAAUUGAAAAUCAUUAGUGACAGGCUGGUUCAGAUUAAUAACAUCAGGAAAAUACGACAUGAACAAAAAAAAAUAAACAGAAAGAAUGAAAGUAACAAUAUUACUAAAGAUAUCAAUAAUGAAGACUCAACAAAGGACUCCAAUGAUAAUGCAAACAAUUCUAAUAUAUUAAAUAAGAGUGAUACGCCAAGUUUUUUAUUUAUUAGUGGCUUAGAUGUAAUGUUUCGAAAUACUCAACUUGGUAAAUCUGCAGAAGAAGCUCAUUCAUUAUUAAAAGAAUGUUUAUUAAAAUUAAGAAUUGUUGGUAAUACAAUAAUAGAUGAUCAAUUUUUUUUAAGAACUAUAAUCGGAUUCCCAAUAAAUGAAUUAGCAGUCCCAGAAUCCAAUAGUAAUCAUACUUUUAGUGGUAGUUAUAAAUCAAUUGAUAAAAUUGGUAAUAAACGUGUUCGGAGAAGUCUCAAAGGGAAUACAUUGGGUGAAUAUGUUUCGAAGUAUUUUUCUGAUAAAACUCUUUCUGAUAAGGAUUUUUGA